AUGACGAGAAAUCAGUCGUCUCUCCGGAGUCGCGGAACACGACGAACGCCGUUGAGUGUAGGAUCGGCAACGUCUCCUUCGCCCGCGGCUCAACCGCGGACGUUGUCCAGAGCUCGCAUGCUCCGACCGAAAAGUUCCCCGUCGAAGCCUCUCGGGGAGGUUCGCCCGUCGUCCUCCUUUGGUGUCCUUUCCUCCCACUCCUUCAGUGGAGGUCGUCUCGCGAUGGAUAUCAAGACGCUCAGAAGUUUACCUCAGCUGACGGAGGAGCAGCCCGUUCCUGUGUCCUCCGCCUCUGGACUGCAUGCACGCGACACCAAUAUCCCUGCGCCUCGGGAGAGAAGAACCAGUGUUUCCGUGAGCGCGCGGAAGGCCUCCAAGAAGGGUAGAGCGACAACUUCCAAGACAGAUGCCACCGCGUCUUCCAAGGGCCCAGCACCGGCACGAGAGGCGCCUUCCCGGCGCAAAAGAGCUGGCUCUUCGGCUGUGGUAGGGCUCGCGAGAAGCUGCUCAGCCCUCCGGCUCAGCAGAAGAGGAGGCGAAUCAAUUGAUGCUGCGGAACAACCAUAUGAACAACCGGACUCUCGCGCUCUUCGCUCGCGCCCGUUCGCUUCUCCACCGCCUUCAGAGCUGGUCAGGACACGGCAAGUCGCGUCUCGGUUCGCGGGGGGGAGCGCAGCCCUCGCUGCCGGCGCCGAGGUGUUUGCCUCACAGAAGGCGCCUCUCAAGCAGCAUGCCCGCAGCGGAACUUCCACUCAGGCUGUUUCGCUGGCCAACGAGCCGACGCUCCACGUGGCAUCGCUCAGAACUGCAAGUGUAGCUCGGAGGUCGGCCACUGCAGUCCCGAAUCGGAGACACCGAUCUCGGGGUUGUUCGACUUCUCUCCAGUCUUUGGUCUGCGGCGUGGAGCAGCGUGAAAAUUCUCCGAAUUCUUCCUGCGGCACUGGCGCCGCGAGUUCGGAAAGCGGGACACCUGCGCUCAGUCCUCUCGUGGGAUCUGCGCUGUCCGUGAGCGUUCCGUUUCUGUCCACAUUCCCGGACGCGCCUCUCCGUCUUGGGUCUCAUCCUCCGUCUUCAUCGCUUUCUGCAUCCUCUGACGACUCCGCGAGCGGAUCUCGCAAGGCUUCUUCCACUUCCUCUCUCUGGUCAGGAGCCCCGUCCGCCGCAGAGCAGUGCGCCCUUCCUGAGAUAAGGCGAGCCUUCAUGACUGUCGGGGUGUGCGCGACUGCAGCGCCCGGCGGCCGCCAGGAUGGCCAGAGCACCGGAUCCAACAGCCCUCGCCAGGGCACUCAAGCUUCGUCUGAGGGCGCAUCCUCGAGCGAUCGCACCGAAGCUGGAGAUCUCUCUUCGCGCCUCGAGUCGAAUCAAUACGUGCAGUCAGGCCAUUCGGGCCGUGGGCCCCUUUCCUCUGGAUGUUCGUUCGGCGAGAGCCGCUUUCCGCUCCUCCCGCCAAGCCAGCCGUCUCAGCUCAGAAACCCCGGAACUGAAGAAAUCCCGCCGCAAGCUCUGCCGCCGGGCGUCUCCCAACAGGCAAAAAUGGCGUCGCGCGGCGUUCACCUCCCUCGACUGAAUCUGAACUCCUUAGGUCGAGGUAAGCAAGCGCCGGUGAGGCGUGUCGAAGGUCGGGAAGCCUCAGGCGACAGCAAAAGAGACACUGAGGCAGCCGACACCAAGGGGACCCGCUCGCCGGACCAAGGAGUGAGAGAAUCCCGGCUGCGAAGCCCUCCCGCCUCGCCCGCGACACGGCAUCCCGACGGUGCCCGCCGAGGUCUUUCUGAUGCAAAGGGGCGUUCGGGACAGACCUCGGCGAGCUCGACUCCGCUCACUGACGCUGAACGCUCACCUGCAGCGCCUGUGCAUUCUCCCGGCGAGUUGCCUAAGGCCGACAGGGCGCCGGGUUCCGCGCGCGGAGCCGGCAAGGAAGCGGGAGACCAUCGCGUCGCAGCAGGGGGGCGGCGAAACGCAGAAAGGACCGUUCCACCGAAAACAAGUCCAUCGGUCCCAAACCGGUUCCUUCCGCGGCGAAGCGUCACUCUGGAGAUUUCACCGCAGUCCUCCACAGGUCCAGCGAGGCUCGGGCCCAGUCCAUCCGGGCGGCGUGCAUCGGUGAGCUCACAGGUCGAUUCUCUAGCCCAGACGCACCAAGCUGGUGUGAAGGAGGCGCUUCUGAAGAAGUCUGCGGGCGCAACUGCGUCGCCUCGCGCGCAAGGGACUGACGCGCAGGGGGGCAAGGCUGCUCUUCCGGGGGGUAGGAGCCGAGUGCCUGUCUCCGCCGAGCCGCUGGCGAAGAAGGGGUCGGGCGCUACGCUGUCCCCCAGCGAGCUCUCAGAACGCGCGCUGAGGGAGCAGGAAGCUUCGAGGCGUGCUGUUCCGCAACAGAGCCUGUCAUCAAGCGGCCUCUCCAAGAGCAAGAUCUCAUCGGUUGCAUCCCAGGGCCGUCGAUUUUCGCUGAUGGAAAUGCGGGGCGCUACGCACGACGGUUCAGACACACAAGGCGCGGCGAAGAGGCUGCGACAGCCUCAGGGAAGAACCGACGCGACGUCGCAUGCGGGAAGCGUCUCAUCAGACGUCGACUCUGCCCGCACCGCUCCCAGGUCGCCCGCAGAGAAAGGCCAGAGGAGGCGCGCGGGCUCCGCGCUGGUGACUCGAGCCUUGUCAGGCGAACACGACCCUCUGGAGACUCACGGAGGACAGGAACCGUCCACGGCGCUCCAGAGUUCCCCACGCACGAAGCGCCCACCGCUGCCUCGGCUUUCCCUUGCUGCUGGGCCGGGGUCAAAGGCCUCGGGAGUAACCCGCAGAACCAUUUUGUCUCCUCGAGGCGCAGCGGCUGGUACAGGAGCCAGUGUGCGACAGCCGGGGCGACUGUCUGAGGAAUCGGGCGCUGCGCCGCAACGCAUGCACCUGGCUGCCAAGGCGUCCAAAAGCCACGCGGCCUCCGCGCGCUCUUCGGACACUUUGCAUGCGGGCACCCUCUCGCCGACCGACUCCCUUCGCACUUCCAGCAUCUCGUCGCCUCGCCGCGCGCCGCGGUCGCUGGGCGUGAAAACCGACUCAUCGCGGACUGGCGGGGCCAGGCGAGCGACCGUCACACUGACACUUUCCACGGGCUCCCGCCUCAGCGACGCCGAAGUUCCGAGUCUCCGGAUCGACAAGACGAGCGCUCUCGGAGACGACACGAAACGGCGACGGCGCACUGUGACGGCCAUAAGCUUGUCGGGUGCUGGCGAUUCAGCUGAACAGGACGUUUCGAGUGCAGGAGGCGCCAAGGCGGCGCCGGGGAAACUCGCGAGGAAGAUGCCUCUGUCGCCACGGACUUCGAAACCGCUUGCGCGGUCGCUCUCCCGAGCCGGCAGCCAGCUCGCCGCCCCGGGCGGAAAGGCCCCCGUAGGCGGGAAGCGACCGAAGGGGAAGGCUUCAGCCAAAGCGGCGACGGGCGCGCGGAAGAAGGUGGAUGCGUCUUCAAAGCUGCAAGCAGCAGCGGAAGACGCCCACGGAGAGGAGCAGCCUGCCGAGGGGAGUCCCGAGGCGCAGCAUGACCAGGCGACUCCGACGAAAGAGCCGGAAUUCUGCGUCAAGGAUCUCCCGAUGCCAGCGGAACGGAUCCAACCUCGAGUGUACAUUCCUGAGGGCUACUUUCUUCCCGUCAGAGAUGCCCCCGAACUCGAGCGCAGCAGCUUGAUGCGGAGUUUCCAACGCGACCUGUGUCGGCCGGCGCCCCGGGGAGUCUUCGAUCGAACGCUGUACGCCAUGGCGAUGGAGCUGUCGCUUCUGAUGCCGACCGACAUGAAGAACAUGAAGCGCUGGCUGCAGCAGAGCGUCGCGGAAGUCGAGAGAGAGCGCAAGGAACUGAUUGAUGUGCGCGGCUUCCUGGAAGUGCUUCCUGGGUUCUGCAUGCCUGAACAGCCGCUCGCGUUUGCCCUAGCCUACCGCGACGAGCAGCGAUGGAAGAACUGGGGCACCGGGUGGAUGGGUGAGAACGGGAUGCCCAUGCCGCUGCCACCAGACAAGCUUCUUCGCGCUUUUUUUUUCGCCGAAGGCCUCGAGGGCGGCCCCGACUGGGAAUGCAAAAUGAUGAAGCGCGAGGAGGACUACAUGUGGCGGUUCAUGAAGCAAGAGAAGGAAAAGCAGCGGAAAGAGGAGGAGUACAGGCGCCUGUUGCAGAAGGAGGCCGCACUGCAGAACUUGGUUCGAUUCAAAGCGAAGCGGUGGCGGCAGCUGCAGUGCAUGUGGGAGAAACUCGUGGAGGCGAUCGAGCUGCAUCAGCAGCCGCGGUACUCGUAUGUCUCUUCCCUCGACGAGGGCUUCACAAACCCAACGAGUGUCGCGCGGUGGCUUCACCCGGAGCGCCAGCGCGUACCCCUCGCCCAGUGGUGCGCCGCAUCGCCGGCUAGCUGCCUUCCCUGCUGUAUAGACACUCUGACUGUUGAUUCCUGUGAUGCUGAAGUGUCUUGUUGUGGGCGGUGUGGCGAUGUGUCGCCGGCGCCGUCGGUCCCCGUCGACGAAACGGGCUCUCCUCUCCGCUCGCCGAGCGGCGACGGCCCGGUCCGCGCAGAGAGUGUGUCUCUGCCUUCCGUCGUGACGAUUUCCUCCUUUUCUGAGCUGCAGGCACGCGCGAGACAGUCGGAGUCCUACGCGCGGGCCUUGCGGGCAAUGCAGCAGAUGCCGGUCAUGCCUUCGCCGGCCUACAUUCGCCACUUGUUCCGCGAGAAGAAGUUCGGCGAGUUGAACACUGUCUUCAAGGCUCUCAUCGGCCUCUCGAUCGAGGAGCUCUGGCUCCAUUUCGACCGCCAAGAAGCUGAGGAAGAGGCGAAGGCGCGGGCGCAAGAAGCGGUGCGGGCAGCCCAAGCGGCAGCGCGGGAGGCGCAGGCGCGCGCGCUCGCCGAGGCCGAGGCGCGGCGCAAGAGCGAGGCCGAGAGACUCGCGCGGGAGCAGUUGGAGCGGGAAGAGAUGGCGAACGAGGACACGUUCUCACACAAAUGCGAGGCCUUCGCCUGGGAAGACGGAAACCUGUCCAGGAAGAAGCAAGAGUUCCUCAAGUUGAUCCCGAUUUCGCCCUCGGAGGCGAAUGUCGUCGAGAUGAUGGUCGCCAAACCCAAGAAAGGCACACGCCAAAGCCAGGCCCGCGACCCAAAGCUCACCAAACUCAGGAGAGCAGGAAGCGCAGACAGCGACGGAACCGUCGUGCGGGAGAAGCUGGGCGGGAAACGCGGCUCUGCCGUGUUCGCAACAGACGCCGCGCCGACCCACGGCCAAGACGUCCAGCGCAGAUCCCGAGUCUCGAGGCAACUCUCUCAACACGGCCUUUCUGAGCAGAGUACCCCCCAGUCGAUGCAUCUGCUUUCCCCCGGCAAAGGUCAACCUGCACGGAUACCGGAAGUCUCCGCCAGGCUAGUUCGCAUGAAACUUGACGCACGAGGUCUCCGCCGCGCCUCAGAUCUCGUGUAG